CUCGAUACAGCAGCUGGCUAGUGACUCGAUCUUGUCGAACAUGCCAUGGCUGACUUAAUGACUUUGUGCAGUGUUAAGGAACCAGGAAGACAAAGCUGCAGACUUUGGACACAUUUAGCAAUAGGAAGGAAAGCAAUCAAACAUGGCGGUAAUGAAGAGAGCAGUAUCCUUUCUGAUUGCUGUGUAUGUGUCAGCGCCGCUCGUGCUCUACCUGCUCCCUUGGACUUUGGGAUACGCCAUAUUUGCUCACCUGUUGAGAGUUCCAUUGUUUGUGGAUCUUGGCCGCCCGGAGAAAACACUGAACCACACAUGCAACUUCUACCUCGGUCCCGAGGACGGCAUCACCGUGGGUGUCUGGCAUACGCUCCCUGCCAGCCAAUGGGGCGAGGCCGCAGGGAGGAGCCCCGAGUGGUACCGGGAGGCUCUUGGAGACGGAAGCCCUGUGAUGAUCUAUCUCCAUGGCAACGUGGGGAACAGGGCCAAAGAUCACCGCGUGCAGCUGGUGAAGGUUCGUUUUGCGGCUCACCGUGCACACAUUUUUGGAAGGUGUGGGUGAACUGCUCCCAUCCGUUUUAUAUGUUGCAGAUUUUAAGCCGAGCGGGGUUCCACGUCCUGUCUUUGGACUACAGAGGCUUUGGGGACUCCACGGGGCAGCCGAGCGAAAGCGGUUUGACCACAGACGCCCUCUACCUGUACGAGUGGGUGAAGCGGCACAGCGGGGGGUCUCUGGUGUGCAUGUGGGGACACUCCCUUGGAUCUGGGGUCGCAACCAACGCUGCGGUGAAGGUGCAAGAGCGAGGGUCCAGUCUAGACGCUUUGAUCCUUGAGGCUCCGUUCACCAGAAUAGGAGAGGUGGUUGCGGUCUAUCCGCUGACUAAGCUCUACACAUUCCUUCCAGGCUUUGAAGACUUCCUGUGGGACACUUUGGAAGCAAACAACCUUGUGUUUGCUAACGAUGACAACGUAAAGGCUCUUACCUGCCCCCUGCUCAUACUGCAUGCGGAGGAUGACGACAUAGUUCCAUAUCACAUGGGUCAGAAGUUGUACCAGGUGUCCCUGCGGGCUCACCCGGAACGCCACACAGAAAUGAUCUCCUACAAAGCGAGCCACGGCUUCUCUCAUUGUGACAUCUACUUGGACCCCAACCUGCCCGAGUCCGUGGGGGAUUUCCUGAAAACCCUUGGAGGCUAGCGUGACGAUCACACGGUACGUCCACGCCUCAUCGUGUAACAUACUGUACGGCACUACGACUAAUUGCACUUUGUGUGGCCGUAACCUCAUGCCACAUGCUGUUAGUGUCACACGUGCAGUACAUACUCUUACUGUAACAUACAUACUGUAUGAAAUACCGUGUAUGUUACAGUAACAUGACGUACUGCGUGUUACUCUAACAUACACACAGUAUGGCGCACUUUUUACACAUGAGAUGCUGUUCACAUGCACGUGAUGUACUGUAAUGCUGGAGCAGAAACACAGCAUCUUGUGUGUUACUGUAACCUACGUGUCACAUAUUGUCUGCUAGCGUAACGUGCUACUGUGACAUGCACGCGGACUGCUGCCACUUGGAUGUGUGGAUACUGGCUGUUAGUUACUGUGACAUGCGUACGACAUACUGUAUGUUACAGUAACAAACGACACACUGUUACAUGGCACAGUGCAUGUUACAGUAACAUGCAUGACAUACACCGUUACAGUAACCAUGCAUGUUACCGUUACAUACUGUACAUAGGACACAGUGUGUUAUUGUAACAUUUCACGUCUUACUGCGAUGCGAUGCACUCACAGUAAUGUACAUUUGACAUCCUGUAUGUUACAGUAACACACAUUUACGUGUGUGUUACUGUAAGAUAUGCAACAAACCAUGUCACUGUAACGCCAUGUUACAUACUGUGGGUCACUGUAACAUGUUAUACAUGUAACAUGCAUAUAGUGUACUGUAUGUUACUGUUACACAUGUACACUUUGUUACAAUGCUACAAGCUGUGUUGCAGUAACACACAUUUGACAUGAUGUGUGUGACUGUAACAUGCAUGUUGCUCACUGUCUUGGCUGUUUUUAUCCACCCAUUGCGUUGCUGUGUGUAGUUCUUUUGACACCAUGAGUAGGAUUGGUGUGUGACGUCUGUGCCUCAGGUACACGACGCUUGAGGGCCAUCUAGUGGCGUAAAUGUGACAUAACAAAAUGAUAAUGGAAUAAUAAUAAACCAAAUGAUAAUAUGUUUGUUUGUUUGUUUUUUUAAAAAGGUCGAAAUUAUCGAUUGUUGCUACAUUUUAGCAAAAUUAUCAACCAACAGAAUUUAUCGUGACGGGCCUGCAUUUGUUACAGUAACGCACAUUUGACAUGUUUUUCCCCACACUGCAUCUUAAACAUGAAGAAAAAACUUGACCGUCAUUUGGCUACACUGAAACUUUAAUGUCGACAUUGGCAGGAAGGAAAUGGAGCGGAAGGCAGUCAUAUUUGUGGAUCGAGUCCCGCGUGAGUGAAUGGUUUAUGUGAAAAUGUUGUAACAGGCAAAAGAAGACGUGCUUUGUUGAUUUAAAAAAAAAAAAAAAAAAAAAGCGUAAACAUAACGUGUGUUACUUCCUGGCUUUGGGGGGCGUGGAACAACGUCACAUCUUCUUGAGCGCUCGGGCGGUUUCCUCAAUGGCCUCUCUGGGCUCGUUGGGUGGGGGGAUCUUGAGGUCGGUGGGCUCCACCCCCCACACCUCGGUGGCGUACUCGGCGAUGGUUCUGUCGCUGGAGAACUUUCCAGUGGCCGCGAUGUUCUUCACCACCAUCUUGGUCCACUCUUUGGGUUUCUAGAGGAGGACGUGAAGGAUGGGACAUGUCAUCGUCUGUGUCUAAGGUAUUCCGUUGUCAAAAUGAAGUACAAAUAUCCAACCCCGUGGCCACUUUAGGUACCUGGUAGAGUUUGCUGACUUUCUCUUGGCAUUUCAGAUAUGCUUCAAAGUCUGCAAACACUUUGAACCUGAAGAGCAACACAUUUGAUGCAAACAUUGUCGUUUUAGUUGAGGAGUUGUGUUGUUUUUGUUCAUUUGUCAUGUUUCUGCCCACCGGUCGUGUUUGAAGAGCAUCUCGGUCAAGUCUUUGAAUAAAUCAGGAUUCUUGGGGCUGAAGAAACCACUCGUGAUCUGGUCCAUCACUUGUUUCAGCUCAGGGAUCUUCUUGUAGUGAGACAUGGCAUCAUAUCUAAGAAAACAUCAAACACUGCAGUCAUAGACGGGGUGUUAAUUUACCUCAAGCGAGACGAGGGCGUGGCAUUGAUUGGUGAGAGAUGUAGACAACAGUACGACAUGUGUAACAUAGCACAGCUGAGUAGUGCGACGGUUCAAAAUGCACGCAGAGCUAGAUAAAGCUGCUAUAUCAAGGGUGUACAAAUGUUUUUUCCAGCGAGGGUCACAGUUUGGAAAAAUGAAAGGAUGCAACUUGAUGCAUUCUGGGAAAACUUUAAAAUAGCUUUUUUUUCUUUUUAAACUUGUAUUGGUACAUGUUUGUAUAUUUUUUUUAGGUAUACCUUUUGAGUGUUAAGUUGCUGUGUGAUGAGUUUAAUGUUGUUGCUAAGAUGCCACCGUGAGUCAGACUGUUACAUUGAGUGAUGACCUCCUGUGACUUCCAAUGGGUUGACAAACUCAUCGAGUUUUUUCAGAGCUCAUGAUUGGCUCCUGUCAAAUAAAGAGCUGCCUGGUCCUCCCGGACUUGUUCUAUGACAUGGACAUGUGCGGCUUAUAUUGUAUGUGUACAAAUCUGUCUUUUCUUCUAUUUUUUGUUUUUCUAUUAUCUGCCUUUUAAAAAUUUUCCAACUAUUUCAACUUCCUUCUUGUAAAUGUUCUUCUUCCAUCCAUUUUCCUCCGCUUAUCCGGGUCCGGGUUGCGGGGGCAGCAGUAGGGAAGUCCAGACUUCCAGGUCCCCGGCCACCUCCUCCAGCUCCACCGGGAGGACAGCAAGGUGUUCCCAGGCCAGUUGUGAGACAUAAUCCCCCCAGCGUGUCCUAGGUCUGCCCCGGGCCUUCCCCCAGCCGGGCAUGCCCGGAACACCUCACCAGGGGGGCAUCCGGACUAGAUGCCCGAGCCACCUCAACGGGCUCCUCUUCGUGUGAAGGAGUAGCGGCUCUACUCUGAGCCCCUCCCGGAUGACCGGAUUUCCUCACAAUAUUACGAGUUCAUUCGAGCAAAAUGGACUUUUUCUCAUUAGAACACACCUUUUUCUUGUAAUGUUUUGUCUUUUGUUGUUUUUUUUAAUUUUGUACUUCAACUUUCUUCUUGUAAAUGUUCUCGUCAGAAUUGCGACUUUAUUGCCAAGUUUUAUUUACUUUUCCUCACAUUACAGCAUUAUUCUCAUAAAAUUGCAACUUAUUCUUUUUCCAUUCUUGCUGCUGCUGUUUAAAAAAAAAAAAAAAAAAAA